GGUCCAGUAGAUACAUAUAUUUUCAAAAAAACCAACAACUCAAUUUGUUUGUCAAGCCAAACAGUCCAGGUCUCACUCAAGAAACGGAGCGAGGCAGAAAGUAGAAUACAAUACAAGAACGCAAGACAGAAGACGAAACCCUGUGGCUGAACGAUGGCACAAGGAAAUUGGUGUUUCGUCUGCGAUAAAUGGAUAACAAAAGACCUCUCGGACAGGUCCAGUUCGUCGAAAACGGAUGAGGUUGAGGAAUAUUGGAAACUACACGAAAGCUCAGAAGAUCAUGUAACAAAGAAGAAGACAUGUCAAGAAUGUCCUGAUGUAACGUGGGAUGGACUCACAAUUUACGCAUCUUUUGCAGAACUUUCAUAUUCAGAGGUACACACGUUUUUGGACUAUCGAGACAUGUGCUACGCUAUGCGAAGGUAUGGCUACGCAAAAGUGCGCCAGAUUGACAAUCACUCUUACAGUAUCAGCUACCAAAAUCAGAUUAGUGCAGAGAAGGCUUUGAGCUCAAAUAUUACGCAUCGGGGUGCAUACAUAAAUACUCGGCCAAUGUUUAAACAUAAAUUGCAAAACCUGCCUGCACCGAAGUUGGAAGGCGUACAAUCGGACUGUAGUGAUUCUUGGGAGGUGCAGGCCAAGCAGCUAGCCAUCGCCUGUAAAUUGGCUGUAACGCCAGAAGUCGAGAGGCAGCACCAGAUGCAGACUGAACACCUUUUGGCAGACAUUGUGAGAACCAUCCAGCCUCUCUGUAAUGGGGAAGUCCAUUGCUUCGUCUACGGCUCCAGGGCCACGGGCCUGGCCGAUAUUGACAGUGACAUCGACGUCCACGUCAAAUUAGACUACGCAGAUUCAAACUUUGACAAGCCGUUGAGUAAAAUGGCGCACAAACAGCUUCUGAAAGCAGCGGUGAAGCUGUUCUACAAAAAGCCUCACAUGUUCCGGAACAUCCACUCUGUGCCGGGUGCCAGAGUGCCAGUGCUGCACUUCCUGCACAUUCCAACCAACGUGGAAUGCGACGUCACGUUCAAAAACAUGCUCGGCGUGUAUAACAGUCAGUUCCUCCAGUUUGUCGCGUCGCAAGACGAGCGCAUCUUCUUACUCUUCUUCGUCAUCAAGCAGUGGAGGAAGGCGCAAAACAUCCAAAUGUCCAACUACUGCUUGACCAUGCUGGCCAUUUUUUUCCUGCAAACACUGCCUCAGCCGAUGCUUCCGCCCAUUUUGCAGCUCAAGGAAGGCUCGGACCCACUGGUGCUCAACCAGGGCUGGGUCUGCAGCUUCAGGAGAGAGCGCAUCGCCAACGAGAACAAGAGCACCCUCAAGGAGCUGGUCGUUGCCUAUUUCAAGUUUCUCGCUCAGCUGGACCUUGCGGUGGACGUGAUUUGCCCGUUGACCGCGUCAACCUUCGAAAAGUGGAAGUUCCUGCAAGCCGAAACCCUGCCAGAGGAAAUGCAGGGUCUGUCGCAGCUGGAAGGGAAGGAAAGUCUGCAGGUGAAAAAGCCAGUGUGCGUUCAAGAUCCCUUUGAGCUGAACCACAACAUCGCCAAAAAUUUGGCCGUGCCCUUGACUUAUUUUACUACUAGAUGCACCCAGAUGGCAGAUUACUGCGAACGCGAGACCAAUUUCAGCCUUGAAGAUUUGCUGAAGUUUACCCCGAGCAAAAAUAAAUUGCCUAAGUGCCAAGACAACUUCUCACAAAAAAUCUUCCUGCAAAACUAUUUCCCGGAUUUCGAGCGCCUCAAAAGCCAAUCCAUCCAAGAACUUUGGUUUGAGGACGUGGUGAACGUGAUCUACGACAUUUUCAAAGAGGUGUUCAACUGCUCCGAGGAAAGCAGCAUUCUGAUAGACGCGCCACCAAGUAAAAUACAAAAAAUGCCGCCUUGCAAUAGCGAACGAUUGGCCGCGUGGGCUUUGAGCACUCCAACCAUUCUGUUCGGCGCCCGCAAGAAGCAGCGAGUGAAAGGGAAUGCCUGCUAUUUUAUCAAAGAGGCAUUGACGUCGAAAGUGAUGAUCAAAAGGCUCUACAAUAACUUGGACACGAUAUCCAGAGAAUUCCACCUGAUUUUCAAGAUGGAGCUGACGUCUCACGUGAAGCCGACCCAUGUCAAAAUCUCCUUCACGAAUGCGGGAAGCGAAGUUAACACUUUCCAUUCCCUGAUUUGCUUUGUCGACAAAAAUUUGCAAAGCAUGGUGGACAACACUAUGGCAACUCCAUACCGAGACCAGUGGCAGGCGCUGAACAGACAGUGCUGUACACUCGAAGAGCAGCUCGAAUUCUUGACAGAACAGAAGACAAACCCAGUGCCUGUCAAAGUCUCAAACUCAAACAAACCCCCCAAGAAACCCAAGAAACCCAAGAAACCAAAUCCCUUGCUGGAUGCGAUUGAAAAAGUCAGUGCGUUGUAAAACUGUGAUCAAUCCUACUAUGUUUCUUUUUUAAUGAAUGUGACUGUAUGAUUGUAUUUUUUUGCAAUUGGAUGUAUAUAAUUCGUUACAAUUAUUGUGAUGAGAUAUGUGCAUGUCAAAAGUCAAAAAAAGAUUUUUAUUUGAAGUUCAUUUACUUGCGAAAUAUGAAAGUAAAAUUCUAAAAUAAUUUUAACAUUAUGUCAAAUCAAAUUGGUGCUAACAAUUUGAGAGUUGUAUUAGAAUUUUUUUGCGUUUUUAAAAUUUAAAGCAAGUGAUCAUGUUUAUUUCCUUCCUAAUUAACACUAUUUGACAAAGAUGGAUGCCUUAUUCGCAGAUAAAGCCUAUUUUGUUGCUCACCACAAAAGAACUGACUUAUUCAUUAAGAAAAACUGCACUCGAAAUUUUGUAAUAAUACCCUGAAAAUGGCCAAAAUGUUAUGCACUGAGAAAUCACACGCGAAAAAUGAAUCGCAGCUUUGAAGUGUGCAUUCGAAGUGAAAAAGCAAAAUUAAUUUAAGAAAUACGUUGCGUAUGCAUGAUUGAACUCAUUAAAACUGGCAACACCUGA